UCCCUCCUCCCCUCUGGUCGAUGGUGUGGUGAGUCUGACGGUUUUCUUUCUCCUGACCGGCAGCGACGCUUGUUUACCAGCUGCUUCGGAAUUGAAAACUGGCAGUGGGUUUUGUUUCUUGUUUUGCUGGGGUAAAGUAUUUAAAAAGCAAGUUUAAUUCUGGGUGACCCUUUACAUGGAUCUGGGGUUUUAGGAGCGAGCGAAGUGAGGGCGGAGGUUGGUCGGUUGCUAAGGCUCGAGCUGUGUGCAGAUAAAAUAAUGAGGUAAUAAAGAUGACUUCCAACUUUCAAGCAACAAUCAGCUCCGUUGUGACUACAAUCCGUAAUUCGACCAAGGAAUACUGCUAUAGUGCUCGGAUAAGAAGUACUGUGUUGCAGGGUUUGCCCUUUGGAGGAGUUCCUACUGUUCUUGCACUAGAUUUCAUGUGCUUUUUGGCACUGCUCUUUGUGUUCUCCAUUUUGCGAAAGGUAGCUUGGGACUAUGGGCGACUUGCACUAGUUUCAGAUGCUGAAAGAAAGAGACGUGGAAAACAUCGAGCAGAAGAGCGGGAAUAUGUGGCUUCGGCGCUGGAUUCAGAAAACCAUGACCGAUACGAACGUCUUACGUCAGUGUCAAGCUCAGUUGACUACGAUCAGCGAGACAAUGGCUUUUGUUCAUGGCUGACAGCUAUCUUUCGAAUAAAGGAUGAAGAGAUCAGAGAGAAAUGUGGUGAGGAUGCCGUCCAUUACUUGUCCUUCCAGCGUCAUAUCAUCGGACUCCUCGUCGUCAUUGGCGUUCUGUCUGUGGGUAUAGUAUUACCCGUAAACUUCUCAGGAGAUCUGCUUGAAAAUAAUGCAUAUAGCUUUGGUCGGACAACUAUAGCAAACCUGAAUUCUGGGAAUGACCUGCUAUGGCUCCAUACAGCUUUCUCUUUCCUUUAUCUGCUUCUCACGGUCUAUAGUAUGAGACGACAUACCUCAAAAAUGCACUACCGAGAAGAUGACUUGGUGAAACGCACUUUAUUUAUAACUGGGUUAUCAAAAUAUGCUGAACCAGAGAAAAUAAAACUACAUUUUCAAGAAGCUUACCCAGACUGCACUGUUUACGAAGCGCGGCUCUGCUAUAACGUGGCAAAACUGAUGCGUCUUGAUGCGAACAGGCGAAAAGCUGAGCGUAGUAGAAAUUACUAUUCUAAAGAAGAAACACCAGUUAUGAUAAAUCCUAAACCCUGCGGUCAGCUGUGCUGUUGUGUUAUUAAAGGCUGUGAACAGGAAAAUGCUGUAGAAUAUUACACUAAAUUAGAGCAAAAACUGAAGGAGGAGUAUGUGAAAGAAAAGGAAAAAGUGUAUGAGAAACCACUUGGAAUGGCUUUUGUAACCUUUCACAACGAAGCUGCAGCAGCCAGAAUUCUCAGAGACUUCAAUGCCUGCAAGUGUCAGGGCUGUAUAUUCAGUGCAGAACCUCUGCGAUCUUCGUAUAGCGAGUUCCUCCAUACUUCAUAUUGGAGUGUGAGUUAUGCCCCUGAUCCCCACAAUAUUUAUUGGGAGCACUUGUCAUUGAGGGGGAUUUCAUGGUGGCUGCGCUGUUUCGUCAUCAACUGUGUCCUUUUUAUUCUUCUCUUCUUCUUGACCACUCCUGCUAUUAUCAUUACGACGAUGGACAAGUUCAAUGUUACAAAGCCUGUUGAAUAUUUAAAUAAUCCCAUCAUUACGCAGUUUUUUCCAACACUCCUGCUAUGGUGUUUCUCUGCACUUCUCCCAACCAUUGUUUACUACUCAGGAUUUUUUGAAGCCCAUUGGACAAGAUCAGGGGAAAAUCGAACCACAAUGCACAAAUGCUAUACCUUCCUUAUCUUCAUGGUCUUGAUUCUGCCAUCUCUGGGUCUGAGCAGUCUGGACCUGUUUUUCCGUUGGCUAUUUGACAAGAAAUUUCUGGAAGAAGCUACAGUUCGAUUUGAGUGCGUCUUUCUGCCUGAUAAUGGCGCCUUCUUCGUAAAUUAUGUGAUUGCUUCUGCAUUCAUUGGGAAUGCCAUGGAUCUGCUGCGCAUUCCAGGCCUGUUAAUGUACAUGAUCCGUCUGUCCUUAGCCAAGUCAGCAGCAGAGAGGAAAAACGUCAAACGACAUCAAGCGUAUGAGUUUCAGUUUGGAGCUGCCUAUGGAUGGAUGAUGUGCGUCUUCACUGUUGUCAUGACCUACAGCAUCACAUGUCCCAUUAUAGUCCCAUUUGGUUUGAUGUACAUGCUUUUGAAGCAUUUGGUGGAUCGCUAUAACCUGUACUAUGCCUACCUGCCUGCCAAACUGGAUAAGAAGAUCCACUCGGGAGCAGUGAAUCAGGUGGUGGCAGCUCCAAUCCUUUGUCUGUUAUGUCUGCUUUUCUUCUCUACUGUAAGAACAGGGUUCUUAGCUGCCACGUCCAUGUUUACAUUUGUUGUGCUGGUGGUCACUAUCGUUAUCUGCCUGUCUCAUGUUUGUUUUGGCCACUUCAAAUACCUCAGUGCUCAUAACUAUAAGCAACCCUCCACUCCAGCCGAUGCUAUAAGUACAGAGGACGAAUCCUGUUACAGGACGCUGAUUGAUCGUAGUGAAGUGGAUGGUGCUGUUGAAACAAAUGGACAAGGGGAAGGCACUUCAUCCCCACCAAAAGUUACAAGGUAUAUUGCCCAGGUACUGCAGGACCCUCAAUCAGAACCCACGGGAGAUGACAAUGAGCCAGCAGCACAGAAGAACUCCAGGGAGGUGAACAAUGAAGGAGACUUCCAGUCCUGUGAAGACAGUCUUAUUGAAAAUGAAGUUCAUCAUUAGAGGAAAUUGACAGUUUUUAAAACAUAUUAUUCAGACUGCACAGUUUAGGACCUGGGAACUAUGGCAGCACUAGGUUGUUGAAACUCCAGACUGUAAUUACUAGCCCCUGGUACCGUGUAUACCAGUACAGUGCAAUUUGCUAAAUCUUUCUUGUCUUUGCCUGAAUUGGAGGAACACAGCAGAAGUGGAAUAUGAUGUGGUGUGCGGGAGUUUAGAAAAAAUAGCUACGCGUUUUUACCUGCCCGACUAUAAACGUUCAACCAACAUAUAUAUUGAUAUUAGUGGUAGGAAAUUUGACUGCAUCGCUAAUGUCAUUCCCAGGAAAGCCUUCUGCUCAUCUGCCACCAAAAGUAGGGAACAGGCAAGUCAGCCUGAUUAUGUCAACACGUACCCGAACAGGAGGGGGGAGGGAGGGAUGGAUGGGUGGAUGGAUGGAUGAGAGGGGAAAGAAGGAAUGAUGUAUGAUAUACUUUACUGUAUGAGACGAAAGAGCAUCAGUGUUACAGAAUCCUGGUGAAAUUAAUCCUUUUCCAAUUCAAAUCAUGUAAGCAUCAAAGGAUGGUAAAAUUGAUCCAGCAUGUUGGAAUAUUUAUAAGUAUACAAUUUAAUUUAAGAGUUUAUAGAGGGAUUAGCAGCAUUGAUCUAUCAGACCAGUUUAAAUGUGUCCUUGGUGCCAGGUAUCAUCUCUGUGAUCUCAGUUUUGUAGGAGGAGGUGAUCUGUAGAAAUCUUGCAUUUUCAGUGUUGAGAUGUAUGUUUUCUGUGGCACCGCUCCGGACAUUUCUUAUUUAUUUUUUAAAGUGCACAUGCACACAACUGUAGUUGAAAUAUUUAUUUAAAAGAAUGUAAAGUUUUCUGCAGGAAGUAA